AUGCCAAGUGAAAUGAUAACUUUGCAGCUCGGCCAAUGUGGCAAUCAAAUUGGCUUUGAGUUUUGGAAGCAAUUAUGCAUAGAGCAUGGUAUAUCCCCUGAAGGCAUUUUAGAAGAGUUCGCCACUGCUGGGACUGAUAGGAAAGAUGUGUUUUUUUAUCAAGCAGAUGAUGAUCAUUAUAUUCCUAGGGCAGUGCUCUUAGAUCUUGAACCUCGAGUGAUACAUACUAUUAUGAACUCUCCUUACGCUAAGUUAUAUAAUCCAGAAAAUGUAUACCUGUCUAAGCAUGGUGGUGGUGCAGGUAACAACUGGGCAUCUGGUUUUGCCCAGGGUGAGAAACUAAAUGAGGAAGUAUUUGAUAUUAUCAACAGAGAAGCUGAUGGCAGUGAUAAUUUGGAGGGAUUUGUACUAUGCCAUUCUAUAGCGGGUGGAACAGGUUCUGGAAUGGGCUCUUAUAUCUUGGAGCACCUUUCAGACAGAUUUCCAAAGAAACUUGUGCAAACAUACAGCGUCUUUCCUAAUUUGGAUGAGAUAAGUGAUGUAGUGGUUCAGCCAUACAACUCGCUGCUGACCCUGAAGCGGCUGACGGAGAGCGCAGACUGUGUGAUGGUGCUGGACAACACGGCGCUCAACCGCAUCGCCAGCGACCGCCUGCAUAUACAGAACCCUUCCUUCGCACAGAUUAACACACUUGUCUCCACUAUUAUGAGUGCAAGCACUGCUACCCUCAGGUACCCCUCGUACAUGAACAACGACCUGAUCAGCCUGGUGGCACCGCUCAUCCCCACACCGCGCCUGCACUUCCUCAUGACGGGCUACACGCCUCUCAGCGCCGACCACGAACUUAAUGCUGCACCAAAGAUCAGGAAGACGACGGUACUGGACGUGAUGCAGCGCCUGCUGCAGCCUAAGAACAUGAUGGUCUCGCUGAGCCCCGACCGCGCCAACCAACACUGUUAUAUAUCCAUCCUCAACAUUAUACAAGGCGAGGUGGACCCGUCGCAGGUGCACAAGGCGCUGCAGCGCAUCCGAGAGCGCCGCCUCGCCUCGUUCAUCCCGUGGGGGCCGGCCUCCAUACAGGUGGCGCUGUCGCGGCGCUCGCCGCUCGUGCACGCCUCGCACAAGGUCUCCGGCCUGCUGCUCGCCAACCACACCAACAUAUCCUCCCUGUUCGACCGGUGCCUGCAGCAGUUCGACAAGCUGCGCAAGCGCGAGGCGUUCCUCGAGGUGUUCCGCAAGGAGCCCAUGUUCCAGGAGUCGCUGGAGGAGUUCGACGCGUCGCGCGGCGUCGUCAGCGAGCUGGUGCGCGAGUAUCAGGCCGCCGCCACGCCCGACUACGUGCACUGGAACCCAGAAAGUAAUCAAAUU